ACAAAAUUGAAACUGGUCAAUUUGGUGUCUUCUUCCAUCAAUGCACUUGAUCUCCCUGGUUUAUUGCCAACGCCACCGAUUUCUGUGUCCGUUCUGUGGGACAAUUUUCAAGAUUCCGAUAUAAUACAAUUAAAUCCAAAACUUUUAGUGAUUAUUUAUAAUGGGGAAUUAAAACUGAAAGUUGAAGUGUUAAUGGCUUCACAUGUUGCUGAUGUAUUUAAUCGGUCGGUAAUAUUUUUAGAUGCUGAUCAGUUCAGUGAUAUUAUUCUU